GCCUAGCCAGUUGAAUUCUGUGAGUCGUUCAGUGAAUGCUGUUCUAUAGCAGAACGCUAGCACGCGCGCGAGCAUAAGCAAAAAUAAAAAUACAAUUUCAACCCAGAAAUAUAAUCAAGAAAAUUUUAAAAAUCCAAGGAAGCCGAAAUCAACUGAAAAACAAAAUUUAAAGAAAACUUAACUCGAAAUACCCUCAAACACAUAUGAGAUUCUUUAAAGUACCCCCACAAUACUUAUCUAGCUACUUGUGCGAGCAAACCUUCUCGCACUAGAGCCAACCCCCCUCCCACACCCCACAACCCCCUCGAAGAAGAAGCCAUCGUAUUAUAGUUGUGCUCCUUGACAGCCCUAGGUCAACUUAUGGGUUGGAAAAUGUGAGGCAAGGUUACGAAUGUCCUUGACUUUCUCUAGUUUCUAGCACAGCCAAGCCGGAGUGUUCUUGGAUUUUGAACUAAAUUGUUUGUUUUUUUUUCAAAAAAGUCAGAGUGUUCCAAAAAAAAAAAAUUUAUAUUGAUUUGGGAAUGCAAAGGUCAUAGUCUGUGGUUGUUUUCUGUGUCCUUGAGGCUAAAAAAUAUAUAUAAAAAAAAGCAAGUCCUUUUCUUUUGGUUAAUCAAAAAAUGCCCUGUUGAAUGCGUUUUAAAUUUACUAAAUUCAGUGUAAAAUCGAUAGUUUCAAAACCUCAAAACAAGAUCAAGAGAAAAUAAAAUAAAAUCGAAAAUACAACAAAAAUAAAAAAACUUCUGCAAAAGGACGAAACAAAAGGAUUCUAUUGUCAUUCUAAUGGAAUUCCGCAUUCUCAUCUCAUUCAUCCAAUGAUUGAUGUGUGAUAUAGUGAGUGAGAUAAAUGGUGAAACAAAAAUAGAUGUAUAGCAAAAAAGGAUAAGUGCAUCAUCAUAUACCACAUAAACCCUACCCCACCCACCUGCUCCACCUCCUACCACCCACUCCUAUCAUCAAAGUGCAGUGCAGCGUGAGAAAAAAAAAUAAAAUUCAUAUGUAUAUGUAGAGUGCUUUGUGUGGUGAGUGAAGCAAGGAGCAACAAUGAGGUAUAAAGAGGAAAAAUAAGCAACAACAAAAAAAAACAUCCUUUUAUCGAUUGUGUGUGAAAGAGCUGCGAGUCGAGUUGAAUAUACGACCAUAAGGACAUACGAUAUCAUGACGAUGAUAAUGAUGAUAAUGAUGAUGAUAAUGAUAAACCCUCACAGGUUGUGGUUUCCCAUCGUUGAGAGCAAAAAUAAUACUAGAUGUCCUUUUCAUUAAAUGAAUUUGUUGUUGAGAAAUUCAUAAAUAAAAUAAUAAAUUUUAAUUAUAUAUUCAAAACGAGUCCUUUUUUUUGUGUGUGUUUGUGUUGUUUUUUUUUUUAAAUAUUUUUAUUUAAUUCUUCCUCGUGAAUGCAAAAAUGAUAAAAUGUGAUUAAAGUUUAAAAUUUCAUAAAUUCAUAAAAUGUACGUAUCCUGAAGGUACAUGUGUAUGUGUGUUGUAUUUUGGUGAAGUGCGGAAAGUCAAAAAAUAAAUAUUUAAAAAAUUUGCAUUCACAGUGUCCUGAAUAUCAAGUGUUGCGUUGUGCGUGCAUAUUUAAAUUUAUAAGUGGAUUAGUCUGACACAAAAAUAUAAUAAAAUAAAAUAAAAGGGAUCAACAUACACACAAAUUACUUAUUUAUAAAAAGGAUAUUCUGUACACACGUUGUGUACUGCAACGCCUCCGAGCUAGGACCACUUCUGCCGCUCGCGUUGUGUCGGUCGCUCGUCGGAUGCAAAAAAAUAUCAACUUUUUAAACACGAACUCCCAACUUUAACUCAACAUAAGAUAAUAUAUUCCUCUAUCAGUCCCGAGUACCUUAAGUCCUUUGAAAGGAAAACUAAUUUUCAUCGCCCCAAACGCCAUUAACCAAAAAAAGAAGUCGCAUAUACAAAAACUUUGCUAGUCAAACAUUUUGACAGAAUCAUUAAUUGUUGCCGAAUUAAAAACUCCAACGACGACGAUAACAAGACGUUUACAACCAGAGGACAAUCAAAUUUCCCUGAAACAUCUUAGGGAUAUCAUUCGUUUGGGAAACCCUCAAGAAAGAACUUUAACCAUCAUAAUUCCUUCCUUUUUAUUCUUCUUUUUCUAAUGAGAACGCACUUAAAGUGGAAUAAAAAAGGAAUCCAACAAAAAUAAAAUAAAAUCACAUCUUUUGUAUUGAUUUUUAAAUAACAAUGAAAGAAGGAGAAUAGUAUAAAUCCAACAAAAGAAAAUAAAGCUCAUUACAAGCAAUAACCAAAGAAAGAUCUAAGGCCGUUGGACUAAAUUUAUGGAAAAACAACAAACAACAACACGAGAAACGAACUAAAAAUUAUUAUGAUAAAUGGAUUUAAGAUUAAAUCUAAAGCUCACAAGCACGAAGAAACUAAACGAGCAAAGUACCAGCCACCACCUUGUCAUCAUCCCUCAAGAUAUCAAACCGACGACGACCUCGUAAUCGUAAUUGUGUCAGCCCCACACCCUCCGGAAAGAGCGUACCACCCAUCAGCCGACAAAACAACCCGAAAACAUCAUUUUAAUGAUCUUUCAUAAAUGGAUACAAAAGAACAGCCAUAUAGAUACAACAUAAUCGCAUUCACCAUUAGACAUUUAGAUACUCAGAAACAUCAGCAACAGCAGAGGCAGCAGCCAGAGCCACAUCCAGAGCCACAUCCAAGAAGGAGGCCCAACUCUAGUCAAAGUAGUGAAAGUAUCAUCUUUAUUAUUUUCUUUGCAGCCACAACGACGUCUACGGCUACGACUGCGAGUACGCCGAAGACGACGAAGACUACAACCGCGACGAGUGGAAUUGGCAUUAUAGAGGCCGCAAGCGACGACAUAAUCAUUCCUAUUAAAUCACCGACACCGCCUCCACCUCGGCCGCCACCUUCGCCCCAACGACAACGACAACAACAAGCUAUACAAAGAUUUCUCAAAGUCGCUGGCACAGUUGAAGAAAAUUACUGGCACUGAACGGAAGGCGGAAUCCAUAAAUCAUAUUUGCGGGCGCGAGCAAGUGACGGAAGCUCAUAAAACACAACCUCCCACCGCUCGAGCUACCAUGGGGUCAUAAUCGAACAGCGACAGAAACUAAGUGCACAAAGGCAUUGCGCUCCGACCGCCCCGACCCCAAAGUUGUCCAUCGAUCCAUCGAACAACCACAACCAAAACUACCCAAUCACACGCCUGACUCACAAGGGCCUUGCUCUUUGCUCUGAAUGGAUUCGUUUAGAAUCAGCGAGGACGAAUUCGCCAAUGCCGCCGCCGCAGAUACGCACCAUUAUAACAUAUCGACGCCGUCACUGGCCUUCCUCCUGCAACCCAUUACCACAGCAGUGGACGUUGGAAGGCAGCUGCUCGAUGAGGAGGAACUAUCACCGCUGCUGGUCUACCCGUCAUCGUCGCACAAUGCAAACUUCACCACCCUUAUUGCGUCCAUCACGAACAGCAGUCCCGACUCGAGUGCGGGAAGUGUCACGAGUGUACUCUCAACAUCUCUGGAACCGCUGCUCGAUGGACCGUCCAUCUUUAGCGAGUUCGAUGGUGAAGUCGAACUUCCGCCACUCAAGACCAUCAUUGUCAGUCUCAUCCUGCUCGUCGUGAUUCUGGGCACGGUUGUAGGCAACGUCCUCGUCUGCAUCGCUGUGUGCAUGGUGCGGAAGCUGCGACGACCGUGCAACUACCUACUCGUAUCGUUAGCUCUCUCAGACCUGUGUGUCGCCGUUCUAGUCAUGCCCACCGCUCUGCUCUACGAGGUCCUGCAGCAAUGGAACUACGGUCCGCUCUUCUGUGACAUCUGGGUCUCGUUCGACGUGCUCUGCUGUACGGCGUCAAUCCUAAACCUCUGCGCCAUCUCAGUGGACCGCUAUCUUGCUAUCACAAAGCCGCUCGAAUACGGCGUCAAGAGGACGCCUCGUCGAAUGAUGCUGUGCGUGGCACUGGUGUGGCUAGCGGCCGCUUGCAUAUCUCUGCCACCAUUGCUGAUUCUUGGCAACGAACACAUCGGCGAGAAUGGCGAGCCCAUCUGCCGGGUGUGUCAGAACUUUGCCUACCAGAUAUACGCCACCGUUGGGUCGUUCUACCUGCCACUGUCCGUCAUGCUCUUCGUCUACUAUCAGAUAUUCCGUGCAGCCCGUCGCAUUGUGCGCGAAGAGAAGCGUGCUCAGACACAUCUCCAGAACGCCCUCAACGGAGCCGCCCAAACUCAACGCCCCGACUAUGACGGACACGUCGGACCUCGCCACAGCGGAAACUCCCUGAGCACGUCGACAUGCGGUGGCGGGACCCUAGUGAGCGGCAGCAGUAACCUGCUCGGCUCGCCGCAUCAGAAGAAAUUACGGUUUCAAUUAGCCAAAGAGAAGAAAGCCUCAACUACUCUAGGGAUCAUUAUGUCAGCGUUCACCAUUUGCUGGCUGCCAUUUUUUAUACUAGCUCUCAUCCGACCGUUUGUCGAGAGUGAAACAAUUCAUAUUCCGGAGGCUCUCUCAUCGUUGUUCCUAUGGCUGGGCUAUGCCAACUCACUCCUCAAUCCCAUUAUUUAUGCCACGCUGAAUAGGGAUUUCCGCAAACCGUUUCAAGAGAUCCUCUAUUUCCGGUGUUCGUCGCUCAAUACGAUGAUGCGCGAGAACUACUAUCAAGAUCAAUAUGGCGAAGCACCAUCCCAGAGGGUAGUUCUGGGUAAUGAGGGCCAUGGAGCACGGGAGAGCUUCCUCUGAAAGUCGAUGUAGGGCUUAUUUUAUAGGACUGUAAGUGAUGGGGGGCACUAAAUAAAAUAAUUACAAAAUAUUUUUACAAAAGAAAAGUUAGGGGGAAAAACAUAACAAAAACAAAACCAAAAAUAUAAAACUCAACAAAACAAGGCGUGCUAACAAAUCAUUGUAAAUACAAAACAAAACAAAACUAAUUAAAUCCGAUUAAUGUUACCUUAUAUGGAAAA